AUCCCCCGAGGAGCCGGCGGGGCCCAGCCUUUCCCGGGGGAACAUGGACUGAAAGAGAAGCUUUGGCAGACCCCAGCUGCCAGCACCCUUCACCUGGACCCUGAUGGACUCUGAGGCAGGACUGCAUUACCAUGGUGAUGAUCUUAACCAAAACUCGGGAAAACAAAGGUGCUGACUCCGUAACAUGCAGGACUGAGCUGCACACUCCAAAGAUGAGUCAAGGACCUACCCUCUUCUCUUGUGGCGUGAUGGAAAAUGACAGAUGGAGAGAUCUCAGCAGGAAGUGUCCACUUCAGCUCGAGCAGCCGGGCGCCAGCAUCUGGGACUGCUUGUCGGACAAGGGCGAGGAGGGCCCUCGCUGGCCCAGGGAGGGGACCAGCACCUGCUCUGUCACCAACCUGAUCAAGGACCUGAGCCUCAGUGACCCCCACGGCAACGCCUCGGCCCCCCCCAGCAAGCGCCAGUGCCGCUCGCUCUCCUUUUCCGACGAGAUGUCGGGCUGCGGGACCUCGUGGAGACCCCUGGGCUCGAAGGUGUGGACGCCGGUGGAGAAGCGCCGGUGCUACAGCGGGGGCAGCGUGCAGCGCUACUCCAACGGCUUCGCCACCAUGCAGAGGAGCUCCAGCUUCAGCCUGCCCUCGCGCUCCAACCCACUCUGCGCCGAGCAUCCCGCCCUCGGCGGACGGAUGGGGUGCCAGCCCAGGAAAACGGCUGCUGGCGGGCACGGGGGAGAGCGGGUGGACAUCCAGAGGUCCCUGUCCUGCUCGCAUGACCGCUUCUCCUGCUCGGAGUACGGCCCGCCCUCGGCCAGCAGCACGCCCGCCUCCACGCCGGAGCUGGGCCGCCGUGCCGGGGGGCUCUCCCGGAGCCGCUCCCAGCCCUGCGUCCUCAACGACAAAAAGGUGGGAGUCAAGCGGCGGAGACCAGAGGAGGUGCAGGAGCAACGGCCCUCGCUGGACCUCGCCAAGAUGACCCAGAACCGCCAGACUUUCAACAGCCUUACCUGCCUUAGCGCCCGGCGGCCGAGGAGGGCCCAGCGGCCCCCCGGCCCCGCCUGGAGCGCAGGCCCCCGCUCCCCCGAGGUGAUGCCGGGCAGGACCCCCGCCUGCACCCCGGUGCCGGAGCCGCCGCGCCCGCAGCCCGAGGACCCCCGGGCCAGCAGGGAUGACCUCUCCUGCGAGGAGGAGGAGGAGGGCGGCGGGAAGGAGGAGGACAGGGUGACCUGGCGGAGCAGCGGGACAGGCGCCGAGAGCCUCUUCCAGCUGGACGGCGAGAUCGACAUCGAGCAGAUCGAGAACAACUGAGGAGGGAGCGGGUCCUCUCGCCCCGGUGUCGGGGGGCUGCCAGCAGAGCCCUGGAGGGCUCCUCGCUGUGGUUUGCGGGGUCCUGUCACUGCUCCCCCUCCUGCCAGCUGGAGGGGACAAAGCAGCUUUGCCAAAAUUUCAUCAGGUAUUUAGAGCAAUUUGUGUGCAUGCGUGUGUAAAUCUUGAAAUUCUUUGUAACUACUGUAGCCAGAGAUCAGCCAAGUCGGAGGAAAGUGCCUGUCCGAUAGGAAAACCAGGCACGGGGAUUGCCAAAAUCUCGCCAUUAGCGAGUAAAUGGCUUUUCCCAGGACAGGGUUGGAGCUGAUGGAGCUGGCCAUGCUCCCCUGGGUCCCACCUGUGCUAGUUGAUUAAAGGGAUGCACAAGGAGAAACCACCACCCCUGAGGCUGGAAAAAGUGGGGGAAAACCAGAAUAUUGAGAUUUGCAAUCCGAGCACUGGCUGGUGGCUACUGCCGGUGUGGCUGUGGCUCCUUUUCUCCCGCCACAUCCCGUGCAGCCCCAGCACCCCCUCUCUCCCCGUGUCCCUGGCAGUGCCGUGAGAAGGAAAUCACAAGUGAAGUCUUUUGCUUAAAUUUAAUAAUGGCAAGAGCUGGAUUUUUA